GAGUCUUCUUACUCUUCUUCAUAUCUUCAUCUUCUUCUUCUUAUCUUCUCUGCUCUGCAGGACAGUGACUCAGACACAAACCCCUCCUCCCCGUCAGCGCUGUCAAUCCCUCUGCGUCUUCCUCGACUCAGCCAUUAAAAAACCCGCACCGCUCUCAACCGCAAACCACUCCACUCGCUCUCCUCCCCCAAUCGCGCCUCCUCCACACGCAAUCUCCCGACUGCCUCCUGCUCAAGCUCCCGUCUCCCUGUCCGCUACGGCUUUUGUACUGUUGCCGUCAUGAGGCUGACUCAGCGGGCGCGGCUGUGGGCGCGGACACCCGUCUUGACACUUGUCGCCCUGGUCUCCGUCGCCGCCCUGAUACUCCUCCUCCAUCGUCCAGAGUCUGCCGCCGAAGAAACCACUGCUGCCGCCGCGGCCGGCACGAAAAAGGCAGCGCCCGUGACCGCCUUCAGAGGCGACCAGCUUCCCGAGUAUCUCGGCGCGACGCCAGAAAAGCUCGCAGUCAAGAAUGUGAUCACCAGCAAUCCCCUGCUCGACGACGUCGACGAGCCUGUCGGCAUCCUGACGCGCGCAACUGACGACGCGCCGCGUGCGAACGCUACCCUGCUCGUUCUCGUGCGCAAUAACGAGCUCAAGGGACUGCUCGGCACCAUGCGCGACGUCGAGCGCACGUUCAACUCCAAGUUCAACUACCCAUGGACUUUCUUUAACGACAAACCCUUCUCGGACGUGUUCAAAAGGCAGGUGCGGGCCGCCACAAAAGCCGAGUGCAGGUUCGAGACGAUCCCGAGAGAACACUGGGACACGCCCGAGUGGAUCAACAACGACAUCACCGAGGUCUCAAACAAGAUCCUCGUCGAAGACAACAUCAUGUACGCCCAGAUGGGCAGCUACCACCGCAUGUGUCGAUGGAACUCCGGCAUGUUUUACAAGCACCCCGCGCUCAAGGACGUGCGCUGGUACUGGCGCGUCGAGCCAAACACGCGCUAUUUCUGCAGCAUAGACUACGACGUCUUCCGCUACAUGGAGGACAACGACAAGACCUACGGCUACGUCAUCAACAUCUACGACGCCCCGCAAAGCAUACGAACGCUGUGGCCGACGACGCUCGAGUUCGUCGCAAAACACCCAGAGUACCUGCACCCCAACAACUCCCUCGCCUGGCUCGUCGACGGCAACUCCCGCCCGAACCACCACCGCAUCGCAAACGGCUACUCGACAUGCCAUUUCUGGAGCAACUUUGAGAUCGGAGACAUGAACUUCUUCAGAUCAGAAGCCUACGAUAAGUACUUUGAGUACCUCGAUCAGGCCGGCGGCUUCUUUUACGAGCGCUGGGGCGACGCCCCGGUGCACAGCGUCGGCCUCGGUCUGUUCCUCGACCAGAGCAAGAUCCACUGGUUCAAGGACAUCGGCUACCUCCACCAGCCCUACUACAACUGUCCUUCAUCAAACAAAUGCCGCGGCUGCAAAGCAGGCCGCUUCGUCACCACGCCGAGCAUGAACCCCGAGAACUGCAUCAACAAUUUCUUCAAAUACGCCCAUGCGGACUAGUUAUCUCUGCAGCACUCUCGGUCCUGCAUCCAUCAUUCGCCUUCAUCAUCUUCCUCAUCCUCGUCAUCUUCAUGUCCCAUAUCCGUUCCUCAUAAUAUCCACAUAUAUAUAUUUAUACUUUUCUUCCUUCCCUGUACUCGCUUUGCUUAGGGCGUUUGUAAAAUAUAUGAUCUCCAUGCUCUCCCAGUCAUGGUUUCAUUGGCCCUCGUUUUCAUAUCGACAUCUUUCUUCACAUCUCUUUUCUCUCGCUUGCCUUGUCUUUGUUGUUUGUUGUUUAAUAGGUUGUAUCUAGAGUUGUGUGCGCGUGGUGGGGUGGGGAGUGUAUGCGUGUGUGUGUUUUUGAAUAUUCAAUGGAGAGAGCAUUCGCUGUCUGGUCCUAAGCUUCUACACUAUAGAACCAACAAAACUAAUCCUACGAGUCUACAACC